CUGCGCCUACUGAGGCUUCCGUUUCCAUUAUAUUUUCCAUUACCAUUUCCUCUUCUCACUUUUUUUUCUUUUUUCACAAUUUAAUAAUUCUUUCUGCUUUCUCUAAUAUCAACAUUCACAAUCCUGAGUUAUCUGCAAAAUCUCUCCUUUCUGUCAUUUUAUGAGCCUUGUAGUCUCUUCAAAUUCCAUUCAGAAGCAAAGAAAUGGUUGGAUGCAAAUUGCUCCUAAAGAAAAAGAAAACAGAUUGGCUUAAUGCUCUUUUGCACAGCAAAUUCUUUGAUUCUUGUGUUCAUCAUCCAGAUUACCGCAAAAAUGAGAAAAACUUGUUCUGCAUAGACUGUAAUCUUGGAUUCUGCAGACACUGUGUGACAGCUCAUUGCCUUCAUCGCCGACUUCAGAUCUGCAAAUAUGUUUAUCAUAAUGUUGUUCGUCUUCAAGACAUGCAGAAACAUCUCGACUGUUCAAGAAUUCAGACAUAUAAAAUCAAUGGUGAAAAGGCUGUACAUCUAAAUCCCCGGCCUCAAUCCAAAGAUGCAAAGCCAUCAACAAAGUCAUUCUGUGCUGGUUCCUGUGAAGCUUGUGGGAGAUACAUACAAGACCCGCCUAAUCGCUUCUGCUCCAUUGCAUGUAAGGUCUCAUUAGUUCCAUUGGAGCCUAAAGACCAGAGCCAGAAUUUCAUAACUGUUCCUAUUCCACAAUAUGGAGACUUGUCUUUCAAAGAAAACUGCAACUCCGAAACAAAUUUGAGUGAAAUGGAAUCGUCCCUAUCGUUGGCUGAGUCGGGCGAGGAGGUUCAUGCUUGUUGGGUUAGUUCAGCAUUGAAGCCAAGGAAGCUUCUGCGCAAGAGGAAAGGCAUCCCUUUCAGAGCUCCUCUCUAUUGAUGAGUCUAAACUUCCCAUCAUAAUUAAUUUGUGCCUUUACAUUAUUGGUUUACAUUUUGGUGUCACAAAAACAAUAAAAACCACAGCUAUUACAAUCUACGAGUCAUAAAUUAUUGAAGAAAAUCACUCUCAAGCAGACCCCAUUUUGGAAUUUAGUUGGGGUUAGUUGAGGACUUGAGUGGGAAGCCUAUAUCGUCUGAUGUGAGUUCUUAAGGUUGUACAGCAUAUAUAUAUAUUUUUUAUUUAAAAAAAGGACGGUAAAUUAUAAUGGUGGGAGAAUUUUGGUCAUAAAAUCUUGCUUUAAAUCAUCUUUUG